AUCCCAGCAACAAACAGGACAGGCAAAGCACACAAACAUACACACUCAACAGAACGCACAACAAGAGAAGAGAUCGCUACACACACACACUAGCUAUCCAAUCCGACACAUUAAGAUGGCGUCCAAGAGUCGUUUGCUCGCGAUCUUCCUUGCCGUGAACCUGGUGGCGCUGCACGCCGGCGUGGCGCGCGGGCAGCAGAGCCCGCCGUCGUCGACGCGCGGGAACCCGUGCCCGACGAGCGCGCUGGCCGACCUGAAGGUGUGCGCCGACGUGCUGGUGCUGCUGAAGCUGAAGAUCAACGUGCCGGCGAGCCAGCAGUGCUGCCCGCUGCUGGGGAGCCUCGUGAACCUCGACGCCGCGGCGUGCCUCUGCGCCGCCAUCAGGCUCAGCGUGCUGGGGAUCCCCGUCAACCUGCCGCUCGACGUGCCCCUCGUCCUCAACUACUGCGGCCGCAACGCCUCCGCCGCCGGCGCCAACUGCUCCUGAGUUAAUUAAUUCGAUCAUCCGUCGACGUCGUCGCGAUUAGCCAGAGAUCGACAUGCAUACACAUAUACGUUUAUAUACACGUACGGGAGAAAUGCUAAAGCUCGUGCAGACAGCAGGCAUGCGUAAUUAAUUAGCAGUGUUGGUUUUAGUCGUCUUGUACUUAUAUGCACGGAUCGUUUCAUUUGCACGUGUGUAAGUUUGCCGUGGAUGCAUUCCACGGCUUCAGGGGGUCAAUGGUCACUAAUAAUGAAUAAUAUCUCGAUCGUGUAAUACUACGUUUAGUUGUUGUCCAAGUUAUUUUUGCCUGCA